ACCACUAUGCCAUGCGCAAGUAAGCCCAUGGGAACUGAAGCCACGCCCCUAAGCGUAUACCCAAAGUAGGCUACUUGACAAGUUCAGUCUCACUUUUGACGUUUGACGUGAACGUCUACUAGCUGUACUCAAGAUGAAUCAGAUCCUACUUUUCGUGUGUGCUCUAAUGAGUUGUCUGCCCCUGUGUCAUGGCUACGCGGCCGGUGCCCCAGCACAGGUGUGUGGCGACAUGUUUCCUCAUCAUGGCCAUGACUCCCAGACUACACCGGCGCCAUACACCAUAACUGUCGAUACAAUGAAUUACCACAGGGGACAAGAUGUCAGGGUCACACUCACCGCCAACUCGCCGACUGAGUUCUUCUUCGAGGGUUUUUUCCUCCAGGCUCGGCGAGCAGAUUGCCAAAUGUUCGGCCAGGCAGUCGGCACCUUCAAACUUACCAAUUCCAACGACAGUGAAGUGGCGCUGAAGACCUGUCAAGCGUCAAACGACGCCGUGAGUCACACUACCUCCGCCCACAAGACAUCCAAGACUUUCAUAUGGAACAACUCUGAGGGUCAGGACGUGUUUUUCCAGGCGACGUUUGUCAACCACAAGCAUACGUUCUGGUCCAACGUACAGAGUGAAGUUGUUCACGACAUGUCUCUGGGAGUCCGCAUUACCCAUGCCCGUUGCGAGGGAAGGACCAAGCUGAACAUGAUGUUAACACACGUCACGGCAUCGGGGGCCUCUGUAUCUUGCAGUGUUCUGCUUGUCUCAGGGCUGGCUCUGUUCGCCAAAAUCUAGCUCUCCUCCCAAUAUCUACCAGCUACAACACAUAUAUUAUUCUCUAUCACUUUUUGUUUAUAUUAAAAUACUUUCCAAAGCCACCCACAUCAAUAUCGUUGUGACCAACACUGAAUGAAAUAUUACGUAAAUAUAUGACAUGUAUUGAUACAUGACUAGUUGCCUUGAAUAUUUACAAACGUUAGUAACAAAAUGCACAAUAAUCUUUUAUAGCCGAGGAUGCUUUUAUCAAAUGUAAAUCAACAUUGAUUUCAAUGGUUUUAUCUGUAAACAUUGCCUUUGAUAUAUUCACCAACGUUUUAAUAGCCUUGGGUCAAAAUUUUGUAAAUUUUCAUUCUCAUGUUUCCAGUUACAUUUAAAGUGCCUUAUAUGUUCAACUGUACAUAUUUGACAAUGGGUGACCAUACUUUGAAGAAAUGUGUUUUUAUAUAUUUGGAAUAAAAUGUUUGAUUUACACAA